GAUGUACCACCUGUUUUCCAAAGUCGUCUCUUUUUUCUGGCGAAGGGCUGACGAGGAGAUGGAAGGAGGCAGGCGCCGGGCAGCAGGAGAUGGCAGUGAGAUAAAAACUGUAUAUGGUGUAGUGACAAGAUUCUGCCUAGACUACGGCUUGAUAGAUGAUUUGAUCUGUUUCACCAGUGAAGCUGUGAUGAGCAACAUUCCACUGCAAGUUGGACAGCAGGUUGUAGCUCUUGUUGAAGAAGAUAAAAUCUCUCAUGGAUUAAGGGCAAUCAGGGUAGAAAAGGUAUCUGAUAAAUGGGAAGAUGACAGCAAAUGUCCUUUUGAAGGGGACCAGGACACCAAAACACUCAUUGGCAGUAUUACUUCUCUGACUGCAAUUGGUGGCAGCGUUAAUCAGACAACCUCCUUUUCCAUGAAUGAUGUUUGUGAAGGUUUUGACCCUUGUAAAGGAGAUUGGGUGCAAGUAGAAUAUUUCAUUAACCCAACGACCUGGACCAGUGAAGCAGUUUCUGUAAAGCCCUUGAGGUAUAAGAGAAUUGACAAGGUUCGUGUUUCCAGUGUGUGUGGAAGAACUGGUGUAGUUGACGACAGUAUCUUUUUCACCCUGGAUUUCCUGAAACUUCCUGAUGGUUAUUUUCCUCGUAGACAUGACCUGGUCAAUGUGGUGGUUGUGGAGAGUAACCAAUCAUGUUAUAUCUGGAGAGCACUUUGUAUGGCUCCCACAGAAAAUAACUGGUCAUCUCUAACCAAUGCAACCAAUUUGGAUGAAUCAUAUGAAAAACUAAUGAAAGACAAAGAAGGCCUAGAGGUAUCAAAAAUGAUAAACUUUGGAACACUAAAAUUAGGAAUGAAUAAAAGCAUCGAAGUAUGGAUAGAGAAUAAAGGGAAAGCAGCACAUUCUUUAAUUAGCUGCAAAUUAGGUGGCUGGGAUAAAGAGAAGCAAUUUUGUCUUCAAGUGCCAGGAACAUGUCAGAAGAGUUCUACAGCACCCCUAGCAUCAACUGUUGUCUGUAAAGGGACUCCAUCAGAAGUUCAGCCUGUGGAUCAAAACAAUAUUGGAGACUAUGACAACUCUGCUAGCAGACAACCUGAGGAACGAGAAAAAGAGCAAAAAGAAACUGGAGAAGAAAAAACACCUGAACCCAUCAAGGGUUUCUCUCUGCCUUCUGGGAAAAAGAUUUCUAUAGUAGUUACAUGCACUGCAAAGAACCCUGGUCGCUGCAAAGACCUCUUGUUGCUCUGCUUUUCUGACUGUGUUAUCGGUCGCUACGUUGAAGCAACUAUAGAAACAGAAGAGGAGUUGUUAAUAGCUGCCACCCAGCCUUUUUCCCAACGAAAACGUCAAAUCACCUCGGACUCUCAUAACGACAGGGCAACAAUAAUUUUACCAGAAUUGAAAAGAAUCUCAAGGAGACAACUACCAAGUUUCCUCCCCCAGUACCCUAUUCCAGAUAGAUUAAGGAGUUGUGUGGAAAAGAAAAUGGACAUACUGAUUUUUCAACCAAGUCUUGGAGAGGCCCUGAGUCUAGCUAAUUAUAAAGCAAACUUUUCUGCUCUGUUGUGGCUGGAGGAAAUCUAUGAAGAGAUGGAAAUCAAAGAAUUAUCUAUGUGUGGAGUCACCUUGGAAAAGAAUGGAAAUUUGUUGGUACUUCGGGUGCCAGGAGUUAUAGAGGGCCGCCCUUCUUUAUGCAGAGGUGACAGAGUAAUAUUGAAGACCCAAGAUUAUUCAGAGCCCAUAGUCCACUACGUUGCAUUUGUCUCUGAGAUUCAUGAUGAAGAGGUUACUCUGAAGCUUAACCCAGAGUUCGAACAGGUAUAUAAUUCUGAACCUAUGGAUGUGGAAUUUACUGUUAGCAGGACCACCACCCGAAGAUGCCAUUUUGCAGUAGAACAAGCCAUACAUUUAGGAGAUAAAGUUUUAUUUCCAGAUCGUGUCACUGUGCAAUCUCCACAAGUUGUCAAGCAGUGGCGUGAUUCAGAAUGUCUUUCCGAUGCACAAAAGCAAAACAUCACAGAAGAAGAUGAGGAUAAGAGGGUACAAAAUGGCAAUGAAAGAAGGAUGCCAAAAGACGAGGCAGCUGUCAUUUCUGACGUGGUGACAAUUGCCACACAAACAAUAAAUGGAACUUCAAUAUCCAGUAGAAGAAACUGUGACUUCUUCAAUCCCAUGCUGAAUGAGCAUCAGAAACUAGCAGUGAAAAGGAUUCUUAGUGGUGAAUGUCGUCCAACUCCUUACAUUCUUUUUGGACCACCAGGAACUGGUAAAACUGUCACAGUGAUUGAAGCAAUUUUGCAGAUACAUUACUCCUUACCAGACAGCCGAAUACUGGUCUGCGCACCAUCAAACAGUGCAUCAGAUCUAGUUUGUUCACGACUUCAUGACAGCAACUUGUUAACGCCAGGAGUUAUGGUCAGAGUUAACGCUUCCAGCAGAAAUGAAGAGACUCUCAGUGAUGUGAUAAAGUGUUACAGCAAAGAUGGAGAAGACAUUUGGAAAGCAUCUCGAUUCAGGAUCAUUGUAGUGACAUGCAGCAGUGCAGGAAUGUUCUACCAAAUAGGAAUAAGGCUUGGACACUUUACACAUGCAUUUGUGGAUGAAGCAGGCCAGGCCAGUGAACCAGAAUGCCUCAUUCCACUGGGGCUGAUUUCAGAAGUCAGUGGGCAGAUAGUCCUUUCAGGUGAUCCAAUGCAGCUAGGUCCAGUAAUAAAAUCCAGGCUUGCUUCAGUUUAUGGAUUGCACAUUUCCCUGCUGGAGAGACUGAUGAGUCGAUCUCUAUAUCAGAGAGAUGAGGAGGCUUUUGGUGCUACUGAAUCAUACAAUCCUCUGUUGAUUACAAAGCUUGUGAAGAAUUACAGGUCACAUGCUGCACUGCUCACAUUGCCAUCUAGACUCUUUUACCAUAAGGAGUUGGAAGUGUGUGCUGAUCCUGCCGUGACAAACUCUUUGUUGGGAUGGAAGAAGCUGCCAAGAAAAGGUUUUCCCCUGAUUUUUCAUGGAAUGAGAGGCACUGAAACACGUGAAGGCUACAAUCCUUCUUGGUUCAACCCUACAGAAGCAGUCCAAGUAAUGUUUUAUUGUUGCCUUGUUGCUAAAAGCAUCUACCAUACAGUGUCACAGAAAGAUAUUGGAGUGAUUACGCCUUAUCAGAAGCAGGUAGAAAAAAUCAGAACCCUCUUGCGCAGUGUGGAUUUAACAGACAUCAAAGUGGGCUCUGUAGAGGAGUUUCAAGGGCAAGAAUUCCUAGUGAUCAUCCUAUCAACAGUUCGGUCAAACGAAACUUCAUUUGCUGACGAAAAACAACUCUUAGGUUUCCUUACUAAUUCAAAGCGCUUUAAUGUUGCAAUUACCAGACCCAAGGCAUUGCUCAUUAUAGUGGGGAAUCCUCAUGUGCUUGUCAGAGAUGCCUGCUUUAGUGCUCUAUUGGAAUACAGUUUGACAAAUGGAGCUUAUGUUGGCUGUGACUUACCACGAGAACUACAAAAUCUAAAUGAGUCUGAGUAAUUAAAAAGAUUUGCUGCACUACCGGCUAAAUAUUCCUGAUCUGCCGCAAGUUUGGUUAAAUAGAAAGCCAGCACUUCCCUGACAGGUUAAGAACUUUGUAUCGAAAACACUUAAAACAGAUGUAUCUGAAAAUAGGAUACUUGUAAAAUGUUUAUUUCAAAGUUGCUGUACUUUUAUGCUGUUAAAUAUCACUAAUUUGAAUAAAGCUUUCUGCAUGUUGU